AGAUUAUCGCAGUGAAUCAAAGUAGUUAAGAGUAUAAACUAUCACCCAAGUGUUUAACUACCCAAAUCAAAAAUAUACUAAUGAUCCAGACUACCCAAAUCAAAACUACCGUGAAAAUCAAGUUUUCCUGAUGAUUCAAACUACCCUGAUGAUUCAAACUAGCCUGAUAAUUAAAACUGCCCUCAUAAUUCAAACUACCCUAGAAAUCAAGCUUUCCUGGUGAUUCAAACUGCCCUGGUAACAGAAACUACCCUGAUAAUCAAAAAUACCCUGAUAAUUGAAAAUGCCCUGGAAAUCAAACUUUCCUCGUGAUUCAAACUGCCCUGCGAACUGAAACUGCCCUGAAAAUCAAAACUGCCCUGAAAACCAAGCAGUCCUGGAGACACAGAAUAUCCAAACGGGCCCAUUCUCAACACUCUACACCAUACAGCCAUGCUGCCCAAUGAUGUUCUGAUUUAGAUGAAUCAUGCAUACGAACUCGUCUUGGUGUUGGUGCGUCCAUUCCAAACAAUCUCCUCUCUGAUCCAUGACUACAAAUAUCUAGUUACUGAGGCCUUGACCGAUCUUCGCAUGCAAAGUGGAAAUCUAUUUUUUCCAUGCACUGUGGGCCAUCCUGCGAAUCAAGCCUUUCUCGCGACCCGAACUAUUAGCGUCCAGCAAAAAAUACUAGCCUGGCAAUCUGCCUACCAUACAUGCGCUGCGCCGCACCUCAACCAGCGACUGUCUAAAAGGACCGACCUGGAACCGGGCCACCAGCCAGAAUCCCAUUGAAAACGCCCACGUUUCGAAAAUGCCCACGCGGUUUUGGCUUUGCCAGAUUGGACCCAGCGAGCUCUCCACGUGACCUGCCGGCUCACUUCCCAAUCCCGCCCGAUCUCACCUUCUCACCUUCUCACCUUCUCACCUUCUCACCUUCUCACCUUCUCACCUUCUCACCUUCUCACCUUCUCACCUUCUCACCUUCUCACCUUCUCACCUUCUCACCUUCUCACCUUCACCUUCUCACCUUCUCACCAAUUCUCCACGCACAAUUCUCACACACGUUCUCACCAAGUCCACGCUUAAACCUCACUCACGUUCUGG